CGAUCGGACAAUCAUUUCGUGUUUUACAACUGACCAGUUCGCGUCGUCACAUACAAGUAUAACAACAAAGUUUCACGCUUUGUGUUCAACGGAUUUAUCAACAAGCAAACAAAUACAAACCUUGGAUUACGCAAUAUUUCGCGGAUCGCAAUCAUCCCCUAGUGACACAAGGAAUACCAACAGCAACAGCAACAUGGUGAUUGCCGCGGUUAGAGAAUCGGUGAGCCUGUGCUCGCAAGUGCCAUCGUUCGAGUACAAGAAGAGCAGCUCCAGCGUCGCCGCCGCCGCCGCCAGCAGUGAUAGCCUCAGUGAAGUGGAAGCGGGAUUGGCGGCAAAGCACGCGCUGCUACUCGCUAAAAUCGAAAACCGUCUGAUUAUGGGCUUAUCGGAUGCGAUUAGCAAUUUCGCCAAGACACCGGAGGACUUUCUGUUUUGCUUUAUGGCGCCACCCAAACCUGGCGACAGUGCCACCCAUAUGCACGAGGUCCUACUGCAGGCGUUCUGCUUCGAGCACGACAUUUACAUAAUCAAGGUCGACAGUGCGGAGAAGCUCAGCCGGCUGUUGGGCUCCAGCACGGUGCAAUCGUGCGCCCUGAUCCAGAAGAUGUGGUCCCCGGACCAUCAGACCGAGGUGCUAUCCAAGGUCGAAGACAAACUCGUGGACUACUGCGAGGAGCACUGGGAGGCGUCUGUCAAGCCAAUUAUCAAGCUACCGGAGAAGUAGGCCAUGCACCCGCGGGGCCGAAGUCAGUGACAACCUGAUGAAAUUUAACGCUGGAGUUUUAGUCUUCGUUUGCGGAAUAAAAAGUGUGGAAGAUUUUCCUUGCUCAAUUUCGCAAAUACACACGCGCUCGCGCUCGGUGAUUCGAUGUGCAAAUUCGAACAACUGGUUGCUUGCCAAGUGAGAGAUCAAGGGUGCUAACCACUCUUGCCAUCACCACCAACAGUUCGUGCUCAGCUUUAAUCAUAGUGGGAUUUCCCAAGACAGAAAAAGUGAUCGUCGUUUCACUCAUCCGGACUUAAAAAGCUGCAGUGGAAUAGUUUGGUGCAAAACGUAUAAUUGAAAAUUUAAUUAGUGUUUUUUUCUGUUUGAUGAUUUGUGUGGACGUGAAGUACAGACAUUUAAGUCAAGAAACUUUGAAGAGUUUCCAGUGAAUGCCAAACAAAAGCUGUUAUUUUAAAUAGAAUUUGUUGAAAGUAUUAAUGAAAAUGAAUUUUGUAAAUGCUUUAUAUUAAAGUGGAAAAAAUAGUUGC